AGUUUAGUACCAUCUUGAACAUGAAAACUGUGCUGUUGAUUCUGAUCGUCCAGGGACUUUGUGUGUGUGGAGACUGGUCUAGCUGGAGGAGACUGGACGAGAGCCUGUGUACAUCUAACUGUGUGAGAUACACGCCCUUCUCGAGACGGUGUAUAAACAUCCCGCAUUCUGCUGCAGAUAUCUCGCAUUCGGAAACAGACAUCUCGCAUUCGGAAACAAACAUCUCGCAUUCGGAAACAAACAUUUCGCAUUCGGAAACAAACAUCUCGCAUUCGGAAACAGACAUCCCGCAUUCUCAAACAAACAAAUCUGAUUCUGAAACAGACAUCUCGCAUCGGACCACAAACAUCCCGCAUUCUCAAACAAACAAAUCGGAUUCUGAACAAGAGAUUUCGCGGUUUGAAACAAACAUAUCGCAAUCUGAAACAAACAUAUCGCAAUCUGAAACAAACAUAUUGCAAUCUGAAACAAACAUAUCGCAAUCUGAAACAAACAUAUCGCGUUAUGCUACAAACAUAUCGUAUUUCACUCCAAACACCCCGCAUUCUACUGGAAAUCACGAGUGUAUCGGAAGCAAAUAUAAAGUGGUCGAGACGAAGUGCACGGGAGAUGAUUGUGUAAAAGUGGAUGGAGGCUGGACACCGUGGAUUCUUGUUCCCAGUGUAUGUGACGACCUCUCUCCCUGUGUACAGAGUGUACGUCUGGAGAGAUCGUGUGAGAACCCCCCACCCUCAGGUGGAGGGGCGUGGUGUGUGGGAAGCAGCACGUACCUACUCAACACGAACUGUACUGGGAACGCGUGUCUUACAGUGGAGGGCCAAUGGUCAGACUGGAGGAGGUUGCACCCAGGCCCCUGUCCAGAGGGGUGUAAGCGAGGAGUGCAGUACGUACGAGACUGUCUCACUCCGUUUCCUGGGGAGAAGUGGUGUCCCGGCUCAGACAGCGUAUUCGAUGUAGAGUUCUGUCCAGGAAUCGACUGUAUGUCACGUGAAGACGAAGCAGUGAUCGCUGAGAAGAAAACAGUGGACGGGGCGUGGUCUAGGUGGAGCUACUCGUUCACUGGAUCUGCGUGUCCGUCAUUCUGUAAGCGGGAGGUGCUAGCAACAAGAGUCUGUAACAAACCCCCACCCAGUGGGGGCGGGCGACCUUGCAGAGGACCUUCGGUUUACAACACCUUUCAACCUUGCUUUGGGGAUAACUGUUCUACACCUCAUGCAGACUGGACGCCAUGGAAGCUAAUCCGACACACUGACUGUACACGGAACUGUACGAGAUCCGCCGAGUUCGGCCGACGAUGUACGGACAGCGGAGUGAGCCUCGGCGUGAAGUUCUGUGAUGGCGGCCAGGAAGUGAGGACACAGAAGGAAAGGUGCAGGAGCGCGAAGUGUCCAGGCUCCGUUGCUAUGGCUGCAAUAGCUGCAGACGAAAGAACACUUAAAUCGUCGUCAAAUGACGUCGUGGUAGGACUUGUGGUAAUUGCUGGGAUUCUGGGCUUGAUGCUGUCUGCAGGAACCAUCUUGGUAUUCAGAUUGAAACAAAAUGUGGAUACGGAGAACGGAGAGAAAGACAAACCAGCAGCUGAUUAUAUUACAGACGAAUCAACCUGAAACCCUACCUGUUGCCGUGAUCUGCUAUUGUCAGUUAAAGGAGCAGACUCUAGUUUCUGUCCGUGAAAAUUAACACUACAUUUAGUUAAGGAACAGACCCUAAUUUUUAAACAAACAGGCAUAUUUUUCACUAUUAUAGCCGUUUUUGAUAACUUAAAUCAUACUUUACUUUGAUUUUAUGGUUUA